CCGUCGCGCCCCGCGGCGAGGCGGAAGCGCCCCGCCGUAUCUCGUCGCGCCCCGCGGCGGCGCCUGCGCAGCGCCGUCCCCCCGCGGCCGCCAUGGCGGCGGCGGCGCUCGCCGAGGCCUGGGCGCGGCUCGGGGCGGCCCUGGGCGCCGGCGACGACCGGGACCCGCCCGAGGUGCGCGCGCUGCGCGGCCCCGCCCCCGCCCGCCGCCACCAGGUGGCGGUGCUGUGGCUGCUGCUGGAGCACCCGGAGCUGGCGGCGGGGGAGGAGGCGGCGGGGGCCCUGCUGGCGCUGCUGGCGCUGCCGGAGCCGCCGGGGCCGCCGCGGGCGCUGCUGCUGCUGGCCACCGUCACCGUGCUGCUGGCCGCCGGGCCGCCGGGCCACCGUAGCGCCGCCGCCGCCACCGCCUUCGCCGCCCUGCUGCGCCGCCCCGGCGAGCCGCGACCCGGCGCCGCCGCCGAGUGCCUGCGGGAGCUGCGCGACGCCGACGCCGUCGCCGCGACGUCCCCGUCGCCGUCGCCGGCCGCCGCCGCGGCGCUGCUGGACGCCGCCUUCCUGCAGCCGCCGGCGGCCCAGGCGCGGGCCCUGUGGGCGCUGAGCCGGGCGGCCCCGGCGGCGCCGGCGGCGUUGAAGGCGCCGCUGGGGCGGCUGCUGGGGGGGGCCGGGGGGGCGGCGGCCCCGCUGCACGGGGCGCUGCGGCUGAAGGCGGCCUUGGGCGAGGCGCUCUUCACCGCCGAGGACGAGGCCUUCCUGCUGCGGCGCCUGGCCGCGCUGGCCCAGCACCCGGCCCUGCCGCCGCCGCGCCGCCUCUUCUUCCUCCACUGCGUCGCCGCCUUCCCCGAGAACCGGCCGCUGGGCGCCGGCGGGCCGCCCGUGCUGCUCACGCCCCGCCUGGCCGCCGGGCUCUUCCCCGCGCGCUGCGAGGCCCCGCCGGGCGCCCUGCCGCCCCGCUUCGCCCUGGCCGCCGCCGUCUGCGCCGAGGACGGCGGCCCCGAGGCCCGGCGCGGCGCCCGCUGCCUCCGCCGCUUGGCCCUGGAGCUGGCGGCCGCGGGGCCGCCGGCGGCGACGCUCUUCUGCCGCGCCGCCGCCGUCUACGCCGCGCGCCUGGGCCCCGACGCCGCGCUGGCCGCCGCCGCCGCCGGCCUCUACGCGCGGUGCCCGGCGCUGGCCCCGGCGCUGCUCGACUUGGCCGCGGCCGCCGGGCCGGGCUGGGCGGCGGCGCUGGGGGCGGCGCUGCGGCGGGCGGCGCUGGCGGCGGCGGCGGCGGAGGGCGACGAGCUGCGGUGGCACCUGCGGGUGCUGGCGCGGGCGCCGGGGGCGGCGGGCGGCGGGGCGGCGGCAGCGGCGCGGCGGCUGCGGCGUUUGGCGGUGGCGGCGGCGGGCGAUUGGCGCGGGGGCCACGCCGCCCUGGCCGCCGCCGCCCGCCUCCUGCCCGCCCCGCCGCCGCCGCUGCCCGCUGCCGACGUGGACGUGCGCGACCGGGCCCGGCUCUACGGCAAGCUGGCCGCCGCCGUGGGCGCCGACAAGCUGGCCGCCAUCACGCGCCCGGGCGACGGCACCGCUGCCGCGCGGCCCCGGGCGUUUUCGGCGCCGGCCGCCCGCCGUCGCCCAACCGAGCCGCCGCCGGCGUUGUGCUUGCACCGCCUGCCCCAACCGCCGCCGCCGCCGCUACAGCCGGCGCCGGCUGACGAGCCGACGGACUCCCCGGCGGCGUACGGCCGCGCGGCCGCCCGACGCCGCGCCGCGCCGGCGCUUCGCCUCCGCCUGCGCCUGGAGCCGGGGCCGCAGCGGCUGCUGGCGCUGCAGCUGCGGCUUCGCCCGCCCGGCGGCCCCGCGGCCGAGACCCGCCUGCCGGCGCUGGGCCCGCGGGGCGCCGAGGUGGCCGUCGCCCUCCGGCCCCGCGGCGCCGGCCGCCCCGUUGCCGCCGCCGCCGCCUUCACCGCGCCGGGCGGCCGGGUGGCGACGGUCCGGCUGCCGCCGCUGCCGCUGACGCCGGCGGAGCUGCUGCGGCCGCUGGCGCUGCCGGCGGGGUGGGGGCCGGGCCGGCGCCGCCGGGCCUUCGGGGCCAUGUGGGCGGCGCUGGGGGCGGCGGGGGGGGCCGAGACGGUGCUGCCGCGGGCGGCGGCGGUGGUGGAGGGGGGGGGAGCGGGGCCGGGGGGGCUGCCGCCGGCGCUGGCCGCCUUCGCCGUGGCGCCGCGGGGCGACGGGUGGCUGCUGGCGGCGGCGCUGCCGGGCCGGGGGCUGGCGCUGGCUCGGCUCCGCGGGCCCCGCGUCGAGGCCCGGGCCGCUCGCUGGGCCGCCCUGGUGCCCCUGGGCCGCUUCCUGCGCCAAGCCGGCGCUGCUGCCGCGUGACGCCCCCCCGGCACGCGUGGCAGAGCGUGGUGGGGCGUGGUGGGGUGUUUUGGAGCAUUUUGGGGUGUUUUGGGACGUUAUGGGGCUUGUGAAUGCAUGUUGGGGUGUUUUGGAGCAUUUUGGGGCAUGUUGGGGUGUUUUGGGGCGUGUUGGGGCCAGUCAACGCGUGUCAACAUGUGUUGGGGCGUGUCAGGGCAUUUUGGGGCGUGUUGGGGUGUUUUGGGGCCUGUCAAUGCAUGUCAACACAUGUUGGGGUGUUUUGGGGCAUUUCAGGGCGUGUUGGGGUGUUUUGGGGCGUGUUGGGGCCUGUCAACACGUGUCAACACGUGUUGGGGCGUGUCAGGGCAUUUCGGGUCGUGUUGGGGUGUUUUGGGGCGUGUUGGGGCCUGUCAACACGUGUUGGGGUGUUUUGGGGCAUUUCAGGGCGUGUUGGGGCGUGUUGGGGCCUGUUAACACGUGUCAACACAUAUUGGGGCGUGUCAGGGCAUUUUGGGGUGUGUUGGGGUGUUUUGGGGUGUGUUGGGGCCUGUCAACACGUGUCAACACGUGUUGGGGUGUUUUGGGGCAUUUCAGGGCGUGUUGGGGCGUGUUGGGGCCUGUUAACACGUGUCAACACAUAUUGGGGCAUGUCAGGGCAUUUUGGGGUGUGUCGGGGUGUUUUGGGGCGUGUUGGGGCCUGUCAACACGUGUCAACACGUGUUGGGGCGUGUCAGGGCAUUUUGGGGCGUGUUGGGGUGUUUUGGGGCGUGAUGGGGCCUGUCAAUACGUGUCAACACGUGUUGGGGCGUGUCAGGGCAUUUCGGGGCGUGUUGGGGUGUUUUGGGGCGUGAUGGGGCCUGUCAACGCAUGUCAACACAUGUUGGGGCCUGUCAACGCGUGUUGGGGUGUUUUGGGGCAUUUUAGGGCGUGUUGGGGUGUUUUGGGGCGUGUUGGCGCCUGUUAACACGUGUCAACACAUGUUGUGGUGUUUUGGGGCAUUUUGGGUCGUGUUGGGGUGUUUUGGGGCAUGAUGGGGCCUGUCAACACGUGUCAACACGUGUUGGGGCCUGUCAACGCGUGUUGGGGUGUUUUGGGGCAUUUUGGGGUGUGUUGGGGCAUUUUGGGUCACGAUGGGGCCUGUCGACACGUGUCAACGCGUGUCAGGGCAUGAGGGGGCCUCUCAGGGCGUUUUGGGGUGUUUUGGGGCAUAUCGGGGCGUGUCAGGGUGUGUUGGGGUGUUUUGGGGCCUGUUGACACGUGUCAACACAUGUCGGGGUGUGUUACCCCGUGUCGCGGCGUGUUACCCCAUGUCACGGCAUGUAACUCCAUGUCAGGCCAUGUUAUUGCGUGUCAGGCCAUGUUACCCCGUGUCGCGGCGUGUGACCCCGUGUGACCCCGUGUCCCCCCGGGCCGGGCCGCGCUCGCCCGUGUUCCUCCGCGUCGACCUGCGUCUCUCCGUGUUGCCCUGGGUUCUCCCCCGUUUUGGGCUGUUUUUUUCCUGUUUCGGGCCAUUUUCCCCCAUUUUGGGCCCAGUUUCCCCCGUUUUGUGCCGUUUCCCCCAUUUCGGGCCAUUUUUCCCUGUUUCGGGCCGUUUUUCCCCUGUUUCGGGCCACGCUGUCGCCCCGCGGCGGCUGUUGAACACGAGGUUGAACAGA